AUGAAGGGAGAAAGGUACGAAGGGAGGAAGGAAGGGAGGUACGAAGGGAGAAAAGAAGAAAGUGCGGAAGGAAGGGAGGAAGAUACGAAGGAAGGGAGGAAGGAAUUGAGGGAGGAAGGUACGAAGGAAGGAAGGAAGGUACGAAGGAAAAAAGAUGGAAGGGAGGAAGGAAGUGAGGAAGGAAGGAAGGAAAAUACGAAGGAAGAAAAGAAGGAAGGGAGGGAGGAAGGUACGAAAGAAGAAAAGAAAGAAAGGGAGGGAGGAAGGUACGAAGGAAGGGAGGAAGAAAGUGAAGAAGGAAGGGUGGAAGGAAGGGAGAAAAAUACGAAGGAAGGAAAUGAGGAAGGAAGGGAGGAAGGUAAGAAGGAAAAAAAAGAAGGAAGGGAGGAAGGAAGUGAGGAAGGAAGGAAAGGAGGAAGAUACGAAAGAAGAAAAGAAAGAAAGGGAGGAAGGAAGGAAGGAAAGUACGAAGGAUGA